CUCUCUCUCUCUCUCUCUCUCUCUCUGUCUCCACACGUCGCCGCCAUUAAAACACAUUUACACAAACUAGCGCUGCUUGGACAUGAAAAGCGGCUGUGUGAAAGGCUUUUAACCCUCAUCCAGGACUGAAAAUCGGGAUUUACAUGUGGCUUAGUGUUUUUGAGAGAACAGAUAAGAUGUAAAGUGGAGAAAAGAAGCGGCUGGCUUUGUUUUGGUCCUCAGUGUCCCAGAGAGAAGAGAAGAGAAGAGGAAGAGCAGGAGCAGGGGAAGCUUCAGCUUGGUGCUUGCUGGCACCCGCAGUGGUGUGAAAGUGUGUGUGUGUGUGUGUGUGUGAGAGAGAGAGAGUGUGUGUGUGUGUGUGUCUGGAGAGAGUGUGUGAGAGUGGACAGUCAUGACAGAUCCUCAUAUGAAGUGGGCGUGCGAGUACUGCACUUACGAGAACUGGCCCUCGGCUAUAAAGUGCACUAUGUGUCGAGCUCAGCGUCCCAGCGCCGCCAUCAUAGACGAGGAGCUGAACGAGUUUAAGAGUAACUCUGUGCACGGCGACGACUCGGGAACCAGCAGCCUGAUCAUCUGCCCUGAUUCCAGCGCCAGGCCUCGGGUGCGCCCGUUCCGUCCCUCCGAGCCCGUUAGCCACGCGUCCGUGUCGCACCCUAACGAGGAAUAUAACGAUAAAAACCGUCUGCACGCCCCGAAAUGGAGCUGCGCCAUGUGCACGUACGAGAACUGGGCGGAGACACGGAGCUGCGCCGUGUGCGAGCACCCGCGGCCUAACGAUGCGUCACCCGUCAUCACUAACGAGCAGGAGCAGGGAGGAUGGAGGACGCGGAGGACGAGGAUGUCUCCGCCCAUCUCCUCCGACCGGGACGCGGACUUCCACAUUCAGGACAUCGAGGUGGGAGCUCACGGCUGCGACAAGGACUUUAAAAAGCUCAAACAGAUCAAAAACCGAAUGAGGAAGAGCGACUGGAUGUUUCUCAACGCCUGUGUGGGAGUGGUGGAGGGAGACCUGGCUGCAGUGGAGGUGUAUAAAUCGUCGGGUGGAGACAUCGCUCGGCAGCUGACGUCAGAUGAAGUGCGUCUGUUAAACCGUCCCUCUGCCUUCGACGCCGGUUUCACGCUCGUCCACCUCGCUAUCCGUUUCCAGAGGCAGGACAUGCUCGCUAUCCUCCUCACCGAGGUAUCCCAGCAGGCGGUGAAGUGUAUCCCAGCGAUGGUGUGUCCUGAACUGACGGAGCAGAUCCGGAGAGAAAUCGCCGCCUCAGUACACCAGCGGAAAGGAGACUUCUCCUGUUACUUCCUCACUGACCUCGUCACCUUCACUCUACCAGCAGAUAUUGAAGAUUUGCCUCCUGCAGUUCAGGAGAAGUUGUUUGACGAACUGCUCGACCGUGAUGUACAAAAAGAGCUGGAGGAGGACGAUGCGGUGAUUAACUGGUCUCUGGAGCUGGGUUCUCGAGUGGACAGUCGUCUGUACGCUCUGUGGAACCGAACAGCCGGAGACUGUCUGCUCGACUCGGUGCUGCAGGCCACGUGGGGCAUCUACGACAAGGACAGCGUCCUCCGCAACACACUACACGACAGCCUGCACCACUGCUCGCACUGGUUCUACAGUCGGUGGAAGGAGUGGGAGUCAUGGUACUCGCAGAGUUUCGGGCUCCAUUUCUCCCUCAGAGAGGAGCAGUGGCAGGAGGACUGGGCCUUCAUCCUGUCCCUCGCCAGCCAGCCUGGUGCGAGUUUGGAGCAGACCCACAUAUUUGUUCUUGCUCACAUCCUGCGUCGGCCGAUUAUAGUUUACGGAGUGAAGUAUUACAAGAGUUUCCGUGGAGAGACGUUGGGCUACACCCGCUUUCAAGGUGUGUACCUGCCGUUGCUAUGGGAACAGAGCUUUUGCUGGAAAAGCCCUAUCGCCCUCGGUUACACGAGGGGUCACUUUUCAGCGCUGGUCGCCAUGGAGACUGACGGCUACGACAAUCGCGGCGCGGGCGCCAACCUCAACACGGACGAUGACGUCACGGUGACGUUCCUCCCGUUGGUCGACAGCGAGAGGAAGCUGCUGCACAUCCACUUCCUGUCAGCGCAAGAGAUGGGGAACGAGGAGCAGCAGGAGAAGCUUCUGCGCGAGUGGAUGGAUUGCUGCGUGACGGACGGAGGGAUGCUCGCUGCCAUGCAGAAGAGCAGCCGAAGGAGGAACCAUCCUCUCGUCACUCAGAUGGUGGAAAAAUGGCUGGACGGAUACCGACAGCUCCGCCCAUGCCCCGCCCUUUCAGACGGAGAGGAAGAGGAGGACGAGGAUGACGAGUGAUGAGUGACGGCGAGGGCGAAGGAUGAAGAUGAAGACCAGAGAGACAACAACAAUCGCCACUGAUUGAUAGACAUGUUAUUUCACGUCAGAUAGGAAGGGCCCUUUAUCAUUUCACACACACACACACACACACACACAAAAGAAAAAAAAAAAAAGUAGAUCGUUUUUACACCCUCAUUUCCCAUAAUGCAACGCAAGAAC